GUUUAAGACCGGAGCAGCAGUGGAGCGGUUCAUCGCAUACGGUCUGGAUGCAGAUGGAGAGCCCUGAAGGCCUCUGCCCACUCAUUAAUUUGCUGCACAGUUCGUCCUCGGAUGCUGCGCCUCCGCUCGUCUCUGCUUCCACUGCGCAGCCGCACUUUCUCCGGCGGGCAGAAGGCAGAGGCGUCAGACGGGAAAAUGGCCCUCGACAAUCUGAUCUUCGCGCAGUGCAUUCUCUACUUUCUGGCCUUCGUGUUCGGCUUCAUCGCUGUGGUGCCGCUGUCGGAGAACUCGGAGGACUUCGGGGGGAAAUGUCUGCUGUUCACCCGUGGAAUGUGGCAAAAUGAGAACAUCACCGUGUCGAAGCAGCGUUUCAUCGUGGAGGAGUGGGGACCCGAGUGCUCCUGCAGCUUCAUCACUUUUAUCGGGAUUGCAUCCCUCAUCCUAUCCGCAGUGCAGGCAUGGAGGCUGCUGUUCUUUUUGUGCAAAGGACACGACGACUCAUUUUUCAAUGCCUUCCUCAACCUGAUGAUAAGCUCCCUGGUGAUGUUCACCAUCUUCCUGUCCAGCACCAUUGUCAGCGUGGGUUUCAACCUGUGGUGCGAUGCAGUCACUGAGAGUGGGACCAUGCCUAACAGCUGUGAGGAGCUGCAGGACACGGACCUUGAACUCGGCGUGGACAAUUCUGCCUUCUAUGACCAGUUUGUAAUAGCUCAGUUUGGCCUUUGGGCAGCCUGGCUGUCCUGGCUUGGGAUCACAGUAUUAGCCUUCCUGAAGGUCUACCAUAACUACAGACAGGAGGAUCUGCUCGACUCCCUGAUCCACGAGAAGGAACUGCUGCUCAGCCGCUCUUCACGCUGCAACUCUGACCUCAAAACUGGCUUGAUCUAGAAACUACAACUCUCUCAUCUCUGCCCUACAGUGCUCGUCACAAGUUCACAUACGCUCGACAUCCACAUGGAUCUCAUUUUAGAUAUUGAUGAUGCAUUUGAACCGUUUUUUAGGGUGGGCUGAUAAUACAACAAACAACUUCACAGAAUUUCAUAGACAAUUACAUCCACAAGUUAUCUCUAAUUUAUUGGUCAAAAUGUCAGGUUAGGUUGUGGAGAUGUUAAAUUCUGGGCUUAAAUUUUUACUACUGUUUUGGAAAAAAAAAUUAUUUGCCAGGCAAUUUUAGUUUAAACCACUCAAUUAGGUUUAUUUAUGUGCUGCACAAAAACAGUCCAAAAUAAAGCUCUCAAUAAAAGCUCAGUCAAACAACCACCACAUAUUUUUUCUUUUCUUUUUUUUUUCUCCCAAGGACAAGACAGUAGAGAGACUGUCUGUCAGAAUUCUUGUUUUAAAAUUCAGUGUAGUGAGUUGCUGUAACACCAGUUUAGCAUAAAAAAACUGUUGAAAUGCACAACUAAAAACCCAAAUAAAUAUGAAAGUUGUUGUGAGUUUAUGUAAACCUACUUGUGACCAGAACUGUAGGUUCUCAUCUGCCAUAAGAUUCACCAACGUUUGCCUGUGGAGACAAUCAAAAUGAAUUGGCUUCUGCUUUACAUUGUCAUAGAAUCAAAUCAAAUGAAUCAUUUUCUUCCUUGUAUGAAAGUCAUAGUCAGACAAAGAUCUCCAGGUUUUAACCACUGCUUGUUGAUUACAAACCAAGCCAACUAUUUACCUGAAAUAUUCACGGUACUUGAGUUUUCUUCAACUCUUAAUUUUCUAGCCACUCAGUAUUUAUGAGUUUGUUUAUUUGUAAAUCAUAUUUCUUUGUAAAGUUUUUGCAUGGUACCCAGUGCAUGACAAGCUGAGCGGGUGGUUUUAGAUAUAAAGAGGUGUAGUUGUUUUCUGGUCUUCUCUAGAUAAACAUUCUCCUUAGGUAGGCUUUUGUUGUGAAAAGGCACAUCUUGGUGAACUCAGGCUCAUUUGCAUGCUUAAACAAAGUAGAUCAAUCUGUGCUUUUGCAGUGUGUUUACACAGCAGCUACCAAUAGUUGUGUAUGACAAAUUGCAUCUCAAAGCAUCAAUAUAUUUAGCAGCUAGUCCAAAAAAGCUUUUAGCAUCAGUGGGAUAUAAAAGAAACAAACAGAUUUUAUGAUGUGCUGUUUAGUGACUGAGGCUUCUUCUUCUCACUUAAUAGGCUACAAAAACAAUGUAUUUUGCUGCUGUGACAUAUGUAUGUAUACCUGCAUGCGUUCCCGUGGCUACUACAUUACAUCCUAUAUUGGUCAGGAAGAGCACAAACAAGCUAUCUGAUUUUGAUAGGCAAUGACAGUUUUAUUCAAAACAAUUGAAAACAUAAAACAAAAGGAACAAAGAAAACCCUCCAUAAAGGCACUUUUUCCAAAGUGACCAUAAAUGUUCAGACAACAGUAAAAAGCAGCUAAGUGUGCAUAUACAGCAGGGGUCUCAAACUCCAGUCCUC